UGCAUUUUCUUGGAUGCUGUGCAGCCGUGUCGGUGUGAAAUGCUUUUUUGGUUGAAAGAAGAAGAGAUGUCGCAUCAGGAGUUAACCCAGCGACUGGCUACAGUCAUCACUCAUGUGGAUGAAAUCAUGCAACAGGAGAUCAGGCCUCUUGUUGCCGUGGAUAUCAUAGAACAGCUUCACCGGCAGUUUGCUAUCUUGUCAGGAGGAAGAGGGAAUGAUGGGGCACCAAUCAUCACCUUCCCAGAGUAUGCAGGUUUCAGUGAGAUCCCUGAUGAAGAUUUUCUGAAUGUUGUGACAUAUUUAACUAGCAUUCCCAGUCUGGAGGCUGCCAGCAUCGGAUUCAUCAUCAUCAUAGACCGACGGCGGGACAAAUGGAGCGCGGUAAAGGCAUCCCUCACCCGAAUAGCAGGAGCAUUUCCCGGAAAUUUGCAGUUGGUCUUUGUCCUGCGGCCAUCCCGUUUCAUCCAAAGGGCAAUCGCUGACAUCGGCAUCAAACUGUAUCGUGAUGACUUUAAAAUGAAGGUACCGAUCAUCAUGUUAAAUUCCGUUUCUGACCUACAUGGCUACAUCGACAAAAGUCAGCUUACCCGGGAGUUAGGGGGAACCUUGGAAUAUGGGCACAGUCAAUGGAUACACCAUCGAACUGCCAUUGAGAAUUUUGCCAUGACCGUGAAAACCACAGCACAGAUGCUACAGACCUUCGGAACAGAUUUGGCAGAAACGGAACUUCCCAACGAUGUGCAUUGUACAGAAGAGCUGCUGUCUUCCCACACAGAGCAGCACAAUAAGUUGAAGGAUGAGCUGAAGCUAGCUGUGAAGCAGGGGGCCACACUCUUAACUUGCAUCAGAGAGCCCGUCACACGAAGUGCCACCAGCAAACUGAGCCCAGAUGAGCUUGAAAACGUGGCGACUGUAGAAAGGUUGCUGGCUCAGUUAGAUGAAACAGAGAGAGCCUUUGAUCAGUUCUGGUCCAAGCACCACCUAAAAUUAGAACAAUGCUUGCAGCUCCGACACUUCGAGCAGGAUUUCAGAGAGGUCAAACUGGCACUGGACAACUUGAUGGAAGUACAGGCGGGUUUCACAGAUAUCGGAGACAGCGUCUCCCGCGUGGAACACAUUCUGAAGGAACGAAAGCAAUUGGAGGAGAGAGGACAGGAGCCUUUGGGAAAAGCCCAGUCAUUAGCUCUCCAUGGAGACCAGCUGAUCCAAAACAACCAUUAUGCAAUUGACUCCAUUAGACCAAAGUGUGUUGAACUCAGGCGCAUCUGCGAUGACUUUGCCAAUGAGACCAAGAAAAAAUAUGAUAUUUUAGGGAAGUCUCUAGAAUUGCACAAACAAUUAGAUAAGGCCAGCCAAUGGUGUGAAGCUGGAAUCUACCUCUUAGCUUCUCAAGCUGUGGACAAAUGCCAGACCCAAGAGGGAGCUGAAACUGCACUUUGUGAUAUAGAGAAAUUCCUGGGCACUGCCAAGGACCACCACAUGUUGAAUGCAAAGGAGUUCUACAAUCAGUUUGAUAUGAUUCUCACCGCAGAGAUCAAGAGCAAUGCCCAAAGAGUUCUGCAAAAACUAGAGGAUGUACAAGAGAUGUUUGACAAGAGGCAAGUGAGCCUGAAGAAGCUGUCAGCGAAGCAGACCCGGCCUGUGCAAUCCGUUGCCCCACAUCCUGAGUCAUCACCAAAGCGAGCGUCACCUAAAAGCAUCCGGCCUGCCACAUUAGCUACCAACAGGAGAUCAGUAGAAAUUCCUAGUCCUCCAAAAUCCAUCUCUGAAGCAGACUUAUCAAAAAAGAAAAGUGUAAAGAAGACCAAAGGUGGAAUUAAGAUUGAAGUGAUGCAUGAAGCAAGUCAGGGAGGUUCCAGCAGAAUCUUAGUGAUGAGCGAAAGUGAAGAAAAUCUUUCCACCAGGAGAAGCCAUAUAAUAAAUGAACUGAUAGAAACGGAACGGGUUUACGUAGAGGAGCUUCAAAGCAUAUUAGAGGGCUAUGCAUCAGAAUUGGACAAUCCUGAUUUAAUUCACUUGAUCCCAACUGCAGUUUCCAACAAGAAGGAAAUUCUUUUUGGAAACCUCUCAGAAAUCUACGAAUUCCACAACAGAAUUUUCCUCAAAGAGCUAGAAAAUUGUAUUGAAAAUCCAGAGCUUCUUGGUCGGUGCUUUUUAAAAAGGAAAGAAGAUCUCCAAAUAUAUGAAAAAUACUGCCAGAACAAGCCAAGGUCAGAAGCUCUCUGGAGGCAGUGCGGAGACAGCCUCUUCUUUCAGGAAUGUCAGCGGAAACUGGACCAUAAACUCUCCCUCGAUGCUUAUCUCUUAAAGCCAGUCCAGAGGAUUACCAAGUACCAGCUGCUUUUAAAGGAAAUGUUAAAAUGCAGCAAAAAUUCCGAAGGCACAGCUGAACUGGAAGAAGCGCUGGCCACAGUGCUCGACAUCAUCAAGUCGGCUAAUGACUCCAUGCACCAGAUAGCGAUUACUGGUUAUGAGGGAGAUGUACAUGAGCUUGGCAAAUUGCUACUCCAGGGUUCCUUCAAUGUUUGGACAGAUCACAAGAAGGGCCACAACAAAGUCAAGGAUCUGGCCAGAUUCAAGCCAAUGCAAAGGCACCUCUUCCUGUACGCGAAAAUCCUGCUGUUUUGCAAGAAGCGAGAAGAAAAUACAGAUGGCCAUGAGAAGUCUCCUUCAUACAGCUUUAAGAAUUCUUUAAAGAUGAGCACCGUCGGUAUUACUGAAAACGUCAAAGGUGAUAAUAAGAAAUUUGAGAUCUGGUACAAUGGCAGAGAAGAAGUUUAUAUUAUUCAGGCUGCUUCUGUGGAGCUGAAGAACACCUGGGUUUCUGAGAUUAGAAAAGUCCUGACAGGACAACUGGAGGCUUGCAGAGAGGCGAGCCAGCUGCACCAAAGAAUCACUGAGAGUGUGUAUCACGCACCCAUGAAUUCAUCCAACUCCUCCAGGUACAGCAGAAAGUCGGUGAGUUUAUGCGAAAACAGAUCCGAACUCUCAAGCCUGGAGAUGUCGAAUAACCGGGACCGGAACAUCAGCCCCAACGCCAGGCAAAAAAGAGCCGAUUCGUCCGCCAGCCUUAAUCUUGAGCGCUCAGCGCUUGCUAGAAAGCGGUUUACAUUGCAAGGUCUUUCCAACCGCAGAGCUCCACCCAAAGAUCCAGAAUCUAAAGAGAGAGAUGUUACCCGCCGCUUUUCCUUAGCUUCCUCCAUCAGCACUACAACUAACACAUCUGCUCUAACCAAAGGUCCCCUUCUUCCUGCAGUUAAGGUCAAGAGGCAUGAAAUAAAAAGUGACCCUACUCCUCUGGGUUUUGAAGAUGUUUUUGAAAGCAACUUCUUGGCUCAAGCUAAAUGCAGCGUUGUUCCCUCUACAAGAUCAGUACCUCGAUCUGCUUCACAGACAGGGUGGCCCAGUAGGCAGAUGCCGUCGCUAGACACUUUUGAGGAUUUCGAAGCCAUCCCAUCCAGUGCCGAGGAACUCUCUAACUCUUCGGAUAUGGAGGAAGAGAGCCAGCCGAAUAACGGAGCCAGUCUUUACCGGGUAGGAGGCCCUUUUGACACCUGUUUCCCAGAUACCCUAACGUUAGAGGACGGAGAUUUAGUGCAGUUUAUACAGGAAGGUGAAGAUGGACAGUGGUUAGUGAAGAAACUGGUUUCUGAGAAAACCGACUGGGUCCCUUCUAGUCUGCUACAGCCAGCAGAAGGGGACGCCAACAACAUCCUCAGAAACAGCCAUGCAGAUGUCUACAUUGGUACCCACAGCACCGCAUCCACAAACUCUGGAUUGAAGGAGAGCGAGCUGCCCAGAAGUUUAACAGCUGAACAGAAAGCUGGGAGCUGAACACACCUUGCUGCAUUUCCUCAGGACUCCAUCUUCUUCUCUGUUGAUUGGCAGAUGCUGGACCCAAUCGCCUUUCCCAGAAGCUCUGCACUUCAGAAUUCUGUGAAAUUUCAUCAGCAUGAAAUACAUUUUUUA